AUGACGCCGACGAUUCUUGUUGAAGGCGUUAAAUUUUAUCAUAAGCAAUUUACUUAUGAGGAGGUUAGUCAAGAUUCUCCAAUUCUUAAUCAUAUUCCUGAACUGAUUAGAGAGGAGGAUAACAUGUUACUUGCUGAACAACCUAAUAUGGAGGAAAAUACAGAAGGCUAUGUCAUAUCUAGAGUAAUUCAUGAUAGAUUGGACAGAUUACUUACAAGGGUGAUAUAUCCAAAUCAAUCAGGUUUUGUCAAGGGCAGGAAUAUUAUUGAGAAUGUAUUGUUGACACAAGAAAUUGUAACUGACAUAAGGAAGAGAGGAAAACUAGCAAAUGUUGUGAUUAAGUUGGAUAUGACAAAAGCAUAUGAUAGGGUUUCAUGGUUAUAUCUUUGUAAGGUGAUGAAAAAGAUGGGAUUUUCUGGAAAUUUCAUUGAUCUUAUAUGGAGACUGUUGGCAAAUAAUUGGUAUUCUGUGCUUUUAAAUGGUCAUGCACAUGGUUUCUUUCACUAUACAAGGCGUUUCAGGCAAGGUGAUCCACUCUCUCAUACUCUUUUCAUCAUAGCUACAGAAGUUCUUUCAAGAGCUUUAAACUCUUUGUUUGAUCAGCCUGGUUUUGUUGAAGCAGUAACAGGAUUUAUGAGAGGGAAAUUUCCUUUUACAUAUCUUGGAGUACCAGUUACUCAUGCCAGGAAAAGGAAAGUGGACUAUAUUGAGUUAUUGAAGAAAUUCAAAGACAAAUUGCAAACUUGGAAAGGAAAGUUACUGUCUUAUGGUGGAAAAGCAGUUUUAAUCACAAGUGUUCUUCAAAGAGGAUUGGGAUUCAGGUCUAUUUAUGACAUGUCCAAAUCCUUAUGUGCUAAACUUUGGUGGAAGUUUAGAACCUCUAGUUCACUUUGGGCUAAUUUCAUGUGGAACAAAUACUGUAAGAAGCAGAUUCCUCAGAAUGAGACUAUAAACCAUCUGUUUCUAUAUGGAGAUUUUGCAAUCAAGGUAUGGAGAGUCUUUAAUGCAGGGGCUGGAUUGAGCAUGAAUUGUAUUCAGGUGAAACAUGCUAUUAGAAGUUGGUGGGAAGCAAAAUGCCAUUACAAACUGAAGAUGAUAUACAAAGCAGUUGCUGCUUUCAUUGUGUGGCAAAUAUAG